AUGGUGGUCCCGAAAAACUUCGCCGAACACGCGGAGAAAUUCUUCGCGUCGAACGUCACGACGGCGAAGCAGUUGGAGUUGGCGAGCGAAGUGCGCGCGAGCAUUGAAAUCGCGCACACGAGUGAAUACAGCAACUGGUUGAAAGCGUACUUCGAGGUGUUUUCGAAACUGUUGAAGGCGAACCCGCCGACGCACGGCGCGGACGCCGGGGAAGACGAAUCGAACAGACUUCGAAACGUUAUAUAUGAAAUCCUCUCGCGGUUACCGUAUAACGAAGUGUUGAGGCCGUACGAGAGUCAGCUGUUGGAGUGCGCUUUGACUCCUCUCAGAGAAGAGAACGAGAAGAACGCGUUGGUGUGCAUGAGGAUUGCGUUCGACGUGCACAGAAAUUUUCGGCCGAGGAGCGAGGAGAAAGCGACGCAGUUUUUGCAGUUUGCCGGGGAGGUGUUCGGGAACGUGCCGCAAACGGUGGCGGAGGUGUUUGGGAGCGAAGGCGGCGAAGAAGUCGCGGAUGGAGACGCGGAGAUGAAAGACGCAGAGAAGGAAGAGAAAUCCGUGGCGGCGAGCACAAAGAAAGGUAAGAGAGGUACGUCGUCGAAAGAUGCGAAAGAAAAAGAUGAAGUCUCCGCGGAACAGACCACGGCGGCGGCGGCGAACGACUCGGCGACUAUUCCGGCGUUGAAGUCUUUCAAAGUGUGCACGGAAUGUCCGCUGAUUGUUAUGCUUUUGUUUCAAUUAUAUCCUUCCGUAGCGCAAAAUGCCGUGCAGAAACUCUUGCCGGCGAUGACAAAGACGUGCUCGGCGCGAACUUCGCGAACGGUAUUUAAAGAGAGCGUCAAACUUCGCGAAAGAUUCGCGGAUUUGAAAUCCGCGCAGGUGAAAACGAUCAGUUUUAUCACAUAUCUGGUGAGAGGACACGCGCAGUUGGUACUUCCGUACCAACAAGAAAUUUCACUGGCGGUUGUUGAUUUGUUGAAGACGUGCCCGGAUGUCGUGUCGACGAGAAAGGAGUUGUUGGUGGCGACGAGACACGCGUUGUCGGCGCAGAAUUUCUGUCGCAGUUUCUUUCAACAUUUGGACUCGUUGUUAGACGAGCACGCUUUGGUAGGUACCGGUCGCCUGUGCGCGGAAACCUUGCGUCCUUUGGCGUACAGUUUCCUAGCGGAAUUGGUCCAUCACAUGCGCGCGGAGCUUACUUUGCCGCAGAUUCGUAAGACCGUGCACGUGUUUUCGACAAACAUGCAGGACGAACGAUUACCGUUGAGUGUUCAGAUGACUUGCGCGAGAUUGAUGCAUCAUUUGGUUGAAUCUAUCUUCCGUCGACGCGCAGAAACGACGCCGGGGAGCGCCGACGAAGCGCGCGCUCUUUUGGUGAAGAUUUUAGACGCCACGGUCACGAAAUUUCGAACUUUGCGUCCGAGGUUGAAGACUUUACUGAAAUUGGUCGAGCAUUUGCACGACGAAAAGAAAGAGACUCCGUCCACUUCCUCCUCUCCGUCGGAAAAGGACGAGACAAAAGAUGAUAAUGCCAAGAGCGGCAAGAAAAGUGCCGCUGCUAUCGCGGAGAAGAAGGAGGGCGCGGAGAUUGUUUCCACGUCGGCAAAAAAGUCCUCGAAGAAGAAAGCCGGCGGUAAAAGCAAAAAAGGAGGCAAAGUAAGCGACGACGACGAUGACGACGACGACGACAACGGAAAAGAAGAAGAAGAAGAAAACGAACCGGAAGUGAAACUUGACGUUUCCAGCGAAAGGCUGAAAGAACUCGCAGAUACGAAGGCCAUCGUGAAGACGCUUUUCAUCGGUAUGAAAACGCUUCUUUGGUCGGUUACGAAUUUCAGAGCGCAACAAACGCAAACGCAAAACAACAAUGCGGCGUUAAUGGCGUUGUCUUCACCGCUUCGCCCUGGCCUCACCGAGCCUGAGCUUCGUCGCACUUCGGCAUUUGUCAAGAACGGCGUGAAAUGUUUAGCUUUGUACCGCGGCGCGGAAUGUGCUGAAAUGUGUGCGCAUGUCGCCGAAGUCUUUGCAGUGCUCGACCCGCGAUGCUUUCUCGAUAUUGCGUGCAUUCGAUUUGAUGACCUCUUCAAAGGAAUGCUCGACCUGGCGCCGAUGGUGCAGCUUCCGCAUCUUUUGCUGCAGAAUCAGAACCUUUCGAGAUACUUUGCCGAUUGCCUCGCGAUGCUUUUAGUCAGAGAUAAACUUAAACAUCUCGAAGAUCCGCAAUCACCGCCGGCUCAGCUCGUCUUGAAACUAUUUAGUUUGUUGCUCCACGCGGUUUCGAAAUAUUCCAACUGCGAGGCCAUGCUGUCUCCAUACGUCAUCCCCAUCGUCGAGAAAUGUUUGAAAGCAAUGCGUGAAAUUGAAAAUCCAUCGGCGUAUGUUAGAUUGCUUAGAUAUUUGUUCCGAGCACUCGCUCAGGCGAAGUUUGAUUUGCUCUAUCGCGAGGUGCUUCCCAUUUUACCGACGUGUCUCGAUGCGUUGUUGAAGUACCUGAACGGUCCAGAUCCGCACGAGCUCCAUGACACGAUUGUAGAAUUAUGUUUGACUUUGCCGGGUAGAUUGUCGUCAAUUCUCCCACACUUGCCAAAGCUCGCGAAGCCUUUGUGCAUAGCUUUAGAAUCGAAGACGAGUGAAUUGAAUUUGCUCGGUUUGCGAACGUUAGAAUUUUGGGUGGACUCGCUCAAUCCAGACUUCCUCGAUCCGUGCAUAGCUGAGGUCGAGACGCCUUUGAUGAUUGCGUUGUGGUCUAUGCUUAAGCCACAACAGUCUGGAUCUCCGUUUGGCGCAAAAGCUAUGCAGUUGCUGGGUAAACUUGGCGGUAGAAAUCGUGCGUUUCUCAAAGAACCGCUCGAACUCGAAGCUAAGGAGAAUCCCGAGCACGGUUUGCGCAUGAUUUUGACAUUCAAACCGGAAACAAGUUUUCUCGUGCCUUUUGAUAGAUGCAUAGCUCUUAUGCGCGGAAUUUUAGAAUCUCCGCGGGUAUUGCCGGCGAUUACGUCGUCGUCCAUGAAUAGUAGCAAUGUCGAAGCGUUAAUUGAACAUCGAAAGCAAGCGUUGGCGUUUCUGCGCGUAUGCUUGUCUUCGGUCAUAAACGUAUCCUCGGGUGUCGCAAAAGACUUGGCUUCCGCGAAGAAGAAAGAUAAAGAAGACGAUGCGAUGAAUGUCGAUGGCGACGGUGAUGACGAUAUCGAAAAGACCAUUCGUGCUGCGGUCGAGGCGGCAGUAUUGAACGGGUGGACGAAGUCAGUCGAUGACGCUACGGAAGACGCACGACAAAACGACCGCGAAGCAAACCUUCGCGCCCAGGCAACUUUAGGCAACAAGACGAAGACGCAACUAGCUGCCGAAGAACGCGUGAUGAAAUCUUUAGUCGUUGCUGUUGUAUCUGCAGAAGCCGAUCCUGAACUCAAGAAGGCGAACGCCGGAUUCGUUGAAUCCGUAGCCGAGCACUUUGCGAUGUUGUUCAACGGCGAUAUCGUUCGCGUUGCGAGUAGCGGCAACACGAUUACCGAUGGUAAGAACGACAAGAAAGGAGCGUCUUCUCCUUCCUCCGAGCCAGUUUCUGUGACUGCUUUGAAGAAGAUUGAUGCUAUUUUAUUUCUGGAUGCACUCGUAGACACCAUGGAAUGUGGUCAAGUUGCGCACGUGAAAGCGGCUUUAGCGGCGAUGAAAACCUUCGUCGACACCGUUUUGCUCUUAUCGAAAGAAGAUUGCGAAGAUUUGAACAAAGUGGAGUUGAAGAAAUACCCGAAGAGUAAUAAAAAACAACUCGAAGCAAGCGCGGCAGAUUCCAUGGACGUAGACGACGACGAAGAUGAGGCGGAUGAAAAAGCUUCCUCUAAAAAGACGACGAAGAAAGGCGGCCGUGGCGCCAAAGCUUCGGCGGCUGAUGACGAUGCCGCAGACGCAGCAGAAGCUGACCCGGCGAAUAUCAAAGAGCGACCGGUGCCGGAAUACGUCAACCGUCCGCACGCGAAGCCGCCGCAAAAGCUCGCCGUUCUCGUCGACGCGCUCAUCCCGCGUUUGUGUCACUGCGCUUUCAAAACCGCCUGGCAAUCUACGUCCGGUGCAGUGGAAGGUAUCGACAUGCUCUUAGACGUCGUUCCAAGAAGUAUCAUUCGUCCACACAUGGCAAAGAUUGCGUUAUGCUUGCUCCGAGCCUUGCGUGGCUUGCCAAAGCACGCGGCGCCGGAGAUUGAAAGGACGUCCAAGGUUCUCUAUAAGCUCGUUGACGUGUGCUUGCCAAUUGGAAGUAUUCCAAGAGGCGAGGACGCCGAACCGGGCGUUGAGGCGGGCGUGAAUGUCAUCGCCGAUGCUGUCGCUUCCACUUCGGACGCGCAAAACGUUCGACCGGCGGUAGAGAAGGCUUUAAUUGACAUUUCGCGACAGUGCAAAGUUAAAAUUAAAGAUGUUUUGAAUAUCUCUCCGGCGCGAAUCGCGAGAAUCCUGUCCCGUCCUCUCGGAUCGCGGCACAUCGAGGAGCAGAUUCAAACCGUUCGCGUGAUUGAUUUCUGCAUGAAACUCGAGAUUCACGCGCCAUUGAUCAAGCAAUACUCGGCACAGCUAUUAGAGCUCUUUGGCGACGCGUUGCUCAUUGCUGAAAGCGAGGCCAACAUCAAGAUGCCUUUAUCGGCUACGUUGGAAACGGCCAUUCCGAACAAGAACGAAGCGCUUGUUUCCUUGACUUCAUGUUCGCAAAUCUCGGUGACAGCGGCGUUACGCGCGUCAUGCGCGCACUUGAUGUGUACGCUCGUCACGAGGAAAAGCGCCAUCAAGUUUCCUACGGAAGACUCGCAAAAGGCUUUUGAAGCUGCUACAGAGAAAGCCGUCAACGUCUUCUUCAAGUCCUUGACGAGCCGAACUCCGGAAAUUGUUGAAAUAGCCGUCGCCGGCCUAAAAGUUGUCGUCGAUCAGCAAAGUCUGAGCAAAGAGCUUUUGCAAUCGUCUUUACGACCGAUUCUCGGCUCUCUCGCGCGUCCCGAAAACCUAACGUUGCCGUUGCUUGUUGGUUUGGAGAAACUUUUGGAGUUACUUUCAAACUGGUUCAAUCCGACGUUGGGCGAAAAACUCUUGGAACAUUUACGAUUGUGGUUGGAACCAAAUGCGCGCGAUCCUCGGAUCGCCGCGGCGACUGUAAACUUGUUUCAUUUGCUUCCAAACGCCGCGAGAAAGUUCCUGGAGCCACUCGUUACGCUCAACAUUCAACUCGAGAACGCAUUGCCGCCAAUCGGUGUGCACUCGGACGUUCACUCGUUGUAUCGCAAGCCGUUGACAAAAUUUUUAGCCCGGUACGCGAAGGAUACUGUGGAUUUUUACGUCGCUCGAUUGGAUCAACCGCAACACUUUAACCGCUUUUUGGAAACGAUUCGCAUCAGCGAAGGGAACAACAUUUUAUGGGAGUUGGAGGCGAAUUACGAGAAGAUUUUCGAUAACUCGUUCAACAAAAAGUACUUCCUCCCGAGCAGUUCGACCCCGGCCCAGCUCGCGCAAGCUGCGGCGGCGGGCGCUUCGAACUCUCCGGGCGUAGAUGGAGCGAAGCAAGACGGCGAAAAUUCUCCGGCGCAACGCGUCGAGAUUUCUCCGGAGGAGCGCAUCGCUCGCGCAAAAGCAAUGGGACUUUCCGGCAUCGGUUCCGGAUGCGACUUGGCCUCGUUCAACGCCAUCAAAUUGUGCUGCGUUAUGCUCAAGAUGAUGCCAAAUAUGAGCGAAAAAACUCGAGCGGGUAUUCGCGAUGCUUUGUGGAAGCGAUGGAACGAUCCGGGACGACUCGAGCGUCUUCGCCGAGAGGAGAUGUUGAGUUUGUCUGAACUUUUGGAGUCGAAGCGAAUAGUGAAGUGCUUUUUGAGGUGCGUCGAUCGCGAUCGCAUGGGAGAAGUCGAACUCUUGUUCGGUAUUUUACCAAUCAUGUCAACGAAAACUUGCGUCGAUUUGACAUUUGCGAGAGAAUUCAUCUCCGAUCGCGUGGGUGGGAGUUACAAACCCGAGCAAAAGAGAGCUAUUUUAGAAUUCUUCUUAUCAGAUUUCAAAGCCAAGUUCAAAGCGGCUUCGAAAAAAGACGCGGACGAGGAACAGACUGCGAAAGAUGCCGACGCCUUAGUAGCAAACUUGAAGCUCGUCGUCUUACCGAUGUUGACGAGCUCCUUGGAAGGAUGCUCGAAGAGUCCUAAGAAACUCGCCGAGGCGCGUUUGAUUGUCAACGAAGACGCGGUGUCCAGCAUCGUCGGAGACAUUUUAGAUUACGUGGACGACGAGUUGCCCACGCCAGUAUUCUUCAACGAACAGUUCCGCGUUCAGCUUCUGCAACUUGCGACGUUACUUAUUCGAUGCUUGCCAGACGAUCUCGUCAAGCAUCGAAAGGAGCUGAUCAAGUUUGGCUGGAACCACUUGAAGCGGGAAGACCGCGCGUCGAAGCAAUUUGCGUUCGUCAACGUGUGCUACUUCUUAGAAGCGUAUCAAGCGCCGGAAAAGAUUAUUUUGCAAGUCUUUGUUGCGCUUCUUCGUGCGUGUCAACCGGAUGCGAAGGAGUUGGUCAAGAUUGCGCUCGACGCUUUAGUGCCUGCGUUACCAAAACGACUUCCGCGAGGCGAUCACAAGUAUCCAAUUUGGAUUCGAUACGCAAAGAAAAUUUUGGUCGAGGAAGGUCACUCCGUGCCGCACUUGAUUCACGUGUGGAACUUAAUCGUUGAUCACGAAUCACACUUUUACGAGUCCAGAGCGCAGUUUGUACCCCAAAUGGUCAACUCCCUGUCGCGAUUAGGUUUGCCGUCCUCGGCGCCGAUUGAAAAUCGAAUCGUUUCCAUCAACUUGGUCGAAUUGAUUUUGAACUGGGAAGAUCGUCGCAAGGACCCUACAGAGUUCUUAGCAUCGAAAAAAGCCGCGCAAGACAAGAUGCAAGAGGAAGAAACACGCAAGGAAGACGAAGACAUGAAAGAUGCCUCGGAUGGUGAAGACGACGAGAACGAGAAAUCCGCAUCGAAGAAGAAGAAAGGUGGUAAAGCUACCGCCACGGCGUCGAAAAAACCAACACGCGGUGGUGCUCGUGGUAAGAAAGUUGAAGCCAUCGACGACGAGGAAGGAGAGGAGGAAGAGGAAGAAGAGGAAGAGGAGGAAGAGACGCCGAGGAAAUCUACCCGAGGCGGUAAGCGCAGAGGCGCGAAGAAGGACGACUCGGAAGCGGAAGAUACGCCAGAAAAGAAGACUGCCGUGAAAACCCGCGGGAAGCGUGGCAGAGCUGCAGCGGCGAAGAAAGAGGAAUCUGAAGAAGAGGAAGAAGAGGAGGAGUCUGAAGAAGAGUUAGAAGAAGAGAAACCGUCCACGAGAGCGACGAGAGGUGGUCGCGCGGCGAAAAAAGCAAAGACGAGCGCGAAGGACUCUUCUCCGGCGCCAUCCACGCGAGGCACGCGAGGCAAAGCCGCUACGACCGCGAAAAAACAAACUACCGCGAAGAAAGGAACCAGAGGUAGUCGUCGGGGGAAAUCCGAAGAAGCCGAGGAGGAAGAAGAAGAGGAGGAGGAAGUCGAAGAGGAGGAAGAGGAAGAAGAAGAGGAAGAGGAAGAGAAGAAGAAACCCUCGAAGAAAGAAGGCACGCCUGAUGGUAACAUCCAAUCUGCAAUGCUCAAAUCCGCGCCUUCUUUACUCACUCAACCGUCUUUAACCGGUGUCGCUGGUGGCACCGCUUCGGAUAACAACGAACCGGAAUUUUCGCCGUCCCCGGCGAUGGCUGAGAUCACCGUGAACUUUCUCGUGCGCAUGGCGUUUUUAACUGGCGAAGGUAAAGAUCAAGUAAUGAAGGAACUCAACGCGAAAACGUUGAAGUUGCUGAAACGCGCGAUGACGAUUUGGAAAACUGCGCGCGUAAAGUUUACGUUUAUCGACAAACUAUUGGCGUUGGCAGAACAAGCUGGACAAGAUUCCUCGUCUGCUUUGGGUACCGGUUUGGUCGUUUUCGACUUGGCGCUCGAGUGCGAAGUUGAAGGAUUUGUCGAACAGAAUGUCAAUCAAAUCGCGCAAUUUAUCGACCCAUGCGUGUCGAGCAGUUCCGCGGAAACGCACAGAAUGCUUGCAAAAGUGGUCGCCACGGCGAUGACGAAGAAGAUGCGCACGCCGGAAGAAUUGGUUGCGAAGCAAACGGAAGCGGCGGCGCCGGGCGAUCAGCAACAGUCGAAGAACAAAGACGGCGAUGGUACCGAUGGUGGCGACAAGAAAGACGGCGACGAUAAAGUCGCCGUCAAGACUGAACCCAUGGAUACGGAUGCUAAACCGCCCACCCCUGCAGCGAAUACGGGUUCCCAAGGCCAACCGCCGACGCAAGUCUCGGCGUCGGCGUUGUUAUCUCCCGAGGCGAAAAUUCUUCGUUUGAAAAUUGAUGAGACGUGCGCGAAGAGAAUCGGUGCCGCAAUCACGGGCCAACCGGCGUUGCCGAAUUCGCAGGCGAACAGUCCUUCUUUAUCCGGCGUCCUUGUCUUGCUCGUUGAGCUCGGGAGAGAGUGUCCGGAGGCUUUGGAUCGCUAUUUGCCGGCGCUGAUCAAAUUGUUGUCGAGGUUGACGCAAGAGUUAAAUUCAGUUUCAACCGCGCAACAGCAACAACGCAUCCUGCAACAACAAUCCUCGCGAAACCGUUCGCAGAGCUCAAAGCUAAAAGAAGAAAACGCUCCAGUCGCCGAGUAUGGUUCCGUCGCGCACUGCGUGGCGGAGUGCGUUAGAGCGGUUGCCUCUCGCGUCGUCGCAGCUGGCGUCAUCGAUCAUAAGCAAUUAUUCUUACGGAUGUUGUUGCAAUUGGUCAACGAUAAAGGCACGCACGGUGCGGUAUUGGUUGCCAUCUUAGACGCGUUGUGCGAUUGGGUCGACGAUGCGGCUUUAGGGCCGUACGAUCCGUUGCGAUCGUACACAAUUUCGGCGGCGACGACCCAAGUGACCGAGACUGCGAGUAAAAUAUCGACGACGACGACGACGAAGGCAGCCGCUACUACUACCCCCCCAGUUUCCACCAGUAUAUCUGGUUCGAAACCGAAAAAACGCCGUAUUGGUAGCCUGAGCGAUAAAGAGACCGUUUUAUUUCUUUCAAAGAUGGCGCAGCUCACUCGCAUGGGUCUCGAAGCCACGCAAACGAAGGAUUGGGAGAACAAACUCUUAGGCGCCAUUUAUAAACUGUGCGCGCCGGGUGGGAAACACGACGAAAUCCUUCGACGCGAGGUGUUUGCAAAAGUCGAACGUCAACACUUGCUUGGCUUACGGACGCGGAACCCACUGUUCAAGGAUAAGUUUUUCCAGCUGUACGACGUCGCGAUUGGGCAGUCGCUCUUUCUGCGUCUGCAAUAUAUCGUCACCGUGCAAGAAUGGGAUGCUAUGGCGGAUACGUUUUGGCUCAUGCAAGGUUUGGAUUUGAUCUUACAGCUAUUAGCGGAGGACGAAAAAGUUACGUUAGCGCCAAACUCUGGAGUUGUCGCAGGUCUGUUCCCGGAUUCGGAAGAUCCAAAGAUGCCUCCGCCUGGACCGCCGGAUGGUAACAAGACUGCGCCAGCGUCCACGAAGAAGGGUAAAAAAGCAUCGUCGUCGGCGAAAGACGUCGACAACAAAAACGACGUCGACGAAAUCGCGGAAUUAUUCGCGCGUCACUCGAAGUUUAUCAAACAAAGUGGUGCUCUCCGCGUUUCUGAUUUGGUAGCCCCGCUUCGUAAAGUUGGCAAACGCAACACGCACGUCGCUUAUUACCUCUGGGUUCUCAUCUUCCCGAUCGUUUGGCAAACCUUACAACGCGAAGAGCAAUUACAAUUGGCAAAACCCAUGAUCGGGCUGCUUUCGAAAGAAUACCAUCAACGACAAGCGGCUGUGCGUCCAAACGUCAUUCAAGCGUUGUUGGAAGGCAUCUCCUUAUCCCAGCCGCAACCGAAAAUACCUUCGGAGUUGAUUAAAUUCUUGGGCGGUAAGUUCAACGCGUGGCACAUUUCCAUCGCGUUAUUGGAAAACCACGUCGUUAGAUACCCGCAAGAAAACCGAUGCUUCGACGCGUUGGCUGAGUUGUAUCGACUUUUGGAUGAAGGAGACGUGCUCGUCGGUUUAUGGCGUCAAAGAUGUGCCGCCGAUGUCACGCGCGCCGGUCUCGCUCUCGCGCAGCACGGCCACUGGCAGCAAGCGCAAGACGUCUUCUUUCAAGGCAUGCAAAAUGCUACCAGCGGUCAGUUAUCCGGUGUGUCUAAAACUGAAGUGUGUAAUUGGGAAGCGCAGUGGAUUCAGUGCGCGCAACAGUUGAACCAGUGGGACUUACUUGCUGACUUCGCGAAAUCCGUUAACCACGGCGAGUUGCAAUGUCACACCAGUUGGCGUUUGAACGAAUGGAACACGUUGAGGGACAUUUUGCCUCCUGGACACGUAUCUGAAGUUGAAGAAACGGCAGAGAUUAUGUGUGUUCGCGCGUACUCUCGUUUACACGCCGGACGCAUUCGCGAUGCCGAACAGCAUUGGGCAGCUGCCGUGAAGAGAGCAUUGGAUCGUUGGUGGUCUUUACCGGAAACGGGCGCGAACUGCCACGUCCCAAUGCUCCACGCCUUUCACGUCAUCACAGAAAUCCAAGAGUCUCGGAAAGUCAUGCACGAGCUCGCGAAUUGUACCAGACCGGGGCACCAGAACCCACAACAUUCGCGAACGUUAGUGCAGGACGUUUUGGAAACGUGGCGUUUACGGACGCCAAACGAUUGGGAUCCGAUUCCAUGGCACAAUCAAGUGUUAUCGUGGCGAGGAUUCAUGCAUGACAUGAUUGCGGGAGCACAAAAGAGCAUCCAGGAGGUACACCCCAACGUCGCGUCGCACGCGACGGGUCACUCUCUCGACCAGUUGGGCAUGCGCGACAGAGCGUGGGCGGUGAACAGGUUUGCUCGAAUCGCCAGAAAGCACAACUUGCCGGAAGUGGCUUUGAGCAUUCUCUCCACGCAACGGCCGCACGUGGAAGUACAGGAAGCUUUCGUAAAACUCUCGGAACAAUCGAGAGCGUAUUUAGACAUAGAAGGCGAAGCCGUGUCUGGAUUGAACGCGCUCGAUUCGACGUCUUUAGAAUAUUUCGCUCCGCAUCAUCAAGCGAAACUCUUUCACUUGAGAGGUCAGUUCCAAGAGCGAUUAGGCGACGUCGACGGCGCGCACGAAAGUUACGCCACGUCAGUGUCCUUGUGCGCGCAGUUACCGGAAGUUUGGAACACGUGGGGUGAGUAUUGUCAAAUGCGAGCGGAUCAAGCGAACGCGGAAGAGGAAGCAAAUGGUAGUGCAAACGCGGGCAAGUUAAACGCCGACGGUACUCCCAUCGAAGGCCAAGCAGCCUUUUGGACCGAGCAAGCGGCGACGUGCGUCUUACAAUCCAUUAAACAUUCGCCCAAGGAUCACGGGAAGCGAGUGGUGAAGAUUAUUCACGCGUUGGGCUUUUCAAAGCAUCCCGUGGCAGUUGGCAGAGCGUUGCAAAGACACGUGGAUGCCAUCCCAUUAUGGGUUUGGAUAGACUGGAUCCCGCAGUUGUUGUUAGUCUUGCUCAGACCGGAAGCGCCUCACGCCAAAGCGGUGUUGACUCGCUUGGCGUGCGCGCACCCGCAAGCGGUAUAUUACCAAUUGCGAACGUUCUUGCUCGAACGACGAGACGCUUUGGCGCGAAAAACGCAAACGUACAAUCAACUCGAAAAUACUCCUGUUCCUAAAGACGAAGAGGAGAAGAAAAAUCGUGAGCUUUCCUUGAAGAAAGCGCAGUCGUCUUUGGCCGAAGCGCGCGCGGUGUUUCAAGCGGCGAAAGAAACGGUCGAUAAACUUCGCGCAAAGUUUGGCAACUUGGUCGCUGAAAUUGAAGUUUUAUUGAGCGAAUUGUGCACUCGAUUCGGCUGCGCGCCGGAGGAGCGCUUGUUAGUCGUCGUGCACACGUUGUUACACCGAUGUUUCAAGUACCCGUGCGCGACAACGUCUGAGGUUCCGGCGCCGUUCAAGAAAGAACUCGCCGGAGUCGCCAAGGCGUGCUUCUCUCCGGACACGUCUUCCAAACACGCUGAGUUCGUGAAGGAGUAUAAAUCUCAGUACGAACAAGAUUUGGACCCGGAGUCGAAAUCAGCGAAGGAUACGUUUCCGAAAACGUUGGAGCAAUUGAUUCAAAAGUUGAAAAAAUGGAAACGAAAAUUGAGCGAAGACGUCGAGAGACGCGUUCCGAAUUGUUUGCGAUUGGAGGACGAAUUACCAAAAUUAAGAGACGUGCAAUUUCGCGAAGUCGAGGUGCCUGGUUCCCACAAAGCGGAAGUGGCCGCGUUGGCGGCAUCAGCAGCCUCUGGUUCAGCGGCAAAAGAUCACGCAAAAUCGCGGAAUCGAUUGGUAUGGAUUGAUUCUGAGGUCGACGUCGUUCGCAGACACGGCAACGCGCACCGCGUGAUUACGUUUGUCGCCGCGGAUGGGACCGAGCACAGGUUUGCGGUGCAAACGUCCUUGACGCCCCAGGCAAGAAGUGAAGAGCGUACGUUGCAAUUGUUGGAAGCUUUGAAUGCGGUUAUGGAACGCCAUCCGCAAUCGAGACGACGAAACUUGAGAUUCUACGCGCCGACGGUCAUCCCAGCUUGGCCUCAAGUUCGACUGGUCGAAGACGACAAGAAUCAAGGGACGUACGGGGAAGUCUACGAAGCCAAUUGCGCUCGUUACGGACGCGAUCCGGAUAUCCCGAUGGAACUCUUCAAAGCGGCGUUGAAUCCAGCCGUUCUCGGUCAAGUCAGUGGCCCGGAAGCUGUUCUCGAGUUGCGCUUGAAAGCGUUCAUGGAUAUCGCCAGUCAACACGUCACCGAGAACAUCUUCUCGCAGUACAUGUACAAGACGUUACCGAAUGGCGCGCACUUAUGGACGUUUAAGAGACAAUUGUGUCAACAACUGGCGUUAUCCUCGUUCGUUUCCGCGUUGUUAAGAAUCGGUGGACGUACUCCGAGGAAGAUUGCCUUCGCUAAAAAUACCGGCAAGGUGUUCAUGUUGGACUUUUACCCGAACUUUGAUUCCAACGGUUUAGUCGAAUACGCGGAACCGGUGCCGUUUCGUCUCACGAGAAAUUUGCACGCCUUCUUCACGCCAUUUGGCGUCAAAGGUGACUUUGUGGCCACCAUGGCCGCGGCUGCGCAAGCAUGCGCCACCCCUGGUCGAAGCGUGCGCAUGCACUUGGACGUGUACUUCCGCGACUCGUUGACCAUUUGGCCGUGGCGACAGCAGCAGCAAGCGCAACAACAAAACGUCGACGCGAACGACGCCGCCGCGAAAACGAGUGCCGCUGCUGCCGCGUUCUUCUCCGAACCUGACGCCUCUACCGUCAACGAAAUGGCCAAAGCGAACGUCGAAGAAGCCAUGAAACGCUUACCAAUCAUCGCUCCGAUUCCAACCGCGAAGUCCUUAAUCGCCCAAACGCAAGGCGGCGGCAACGACGCGCAGCAGUUGCAAUCGGUGCAAAAAGGUGUCAUUCAUUUGGUCGAAAGCGCGUUGAACCCGAAGAAUUUAGCGCGCAUGGAAGUGUCCUGGCAAUCUUGGUUGUAA